GUCAAAAAUAGUAAAAAUGUUUGGAUCGCCCAAAAUUAAAAAUAAAUAAAAGAAAAUGAAGUCCGCAAAAUUUAAACCGAUUCACCUACAAUUGCCAAUGCAUCGUGUAUACAGCAAUUGUCACCAUAGAGAAUGUCAGCGAAAAUCGGCAUACCUUGAUAUCUACAACAAAACGUGUCAAUGCAAGGGAGUAUGUGAAACUACCAGUCUAUCACAAUAUAUCGAAAACGUUGUCGAUUUGGCAAAUACACUUGCUCAUGUUAUGAUCACCUGCUGCAUUCAUCCGUGUAAAGCGAAAAAUUCCGUAGAUGUUAUUACCUAUGCCCUAUUGAAUUACGAUGAACAAUGCUAUUGUAGUUCAGAUAAAAAGCGUAUACGAAAGGAAGACCUAUUUUUUGAACUUAGCCAAAGAUUAAAAAUGGAUAGACUAGAAACUCAUAUCGCAUACACAAUUAUAAAGCGAGCCUUUAAAGCUUUAUAUUUUGUUCCGAAAAAAUGUUGCAAUGAAGACGAUGAGAAUCAGUCCGAUAUCGGAGCAUGUGUAUGGGCUAAUGCAGCUAAGAGAAUUGCAGAAGAAUUGGCGCGUUAUAAAAAACAUAGUUGUACUGAACAACGCCGUUAUGAAAAAAAAAUUCUUGCUUUGCUAUCGGAGUUCUAUAUAAGAACACAAGAACCAAGAGUAGCUACGACAUAUGAUCUGUGCAACUGUUGCUUCUGCAGUAGGCAUCGCAAGCCAAUAGCUGUUAAACCACCGCCUUGUAAACCUCCGGCAUAUAAACCAAUUUGUUGCAAAAAACAGAUUAAAAUCACUUCCAAAGGCAAAAAGACCAAAAAACCAGAAAAACUGAUUUGUCCCAUAUGCUUGCGCUUAAGAAAGAACUGCAUAUGCUUCAAGGGUAAAUUUGAGUUGCAGUGGGUUGGUAGUAUUUGGGAAUGGCAUGAUUUUCAUGAAUAUUAUAAGUAUACUAUUCUCGGUGGCCACCCAUUUUGCACUCAAGAAGAACUUGAAGUGUUUUGUGAGGAUUGGUUCGACCCACCUUGGUUGAAUAUACCUACAAUAAAAUGUGAGGUAGAGGAAAGUAAUGUUGAAUGAGACCUCUCAGAUUGGUUUAAUGUGUCCUUGAUAAUAGAACAGUAUGAAAUAAUGCUAUUUUCCAUUUGCAUUCAAAAUUGAAAGCUAUAAAACAUGAUAUCCUUUAAGAGAAUAAAAUAAAUUCCAAACA